CAUGUCUUAAUGAGAAUUUUUUUGCCAGUCACCUAUGAAGCUCCUGAUUUUAGAGUUGCACUUCUGCAAUGAAGAAAAGGAGACGGCUCGCUGCAAAUCUAAAUGAAAAGGUUCAUCUUGGCCAUGAGAAAGAUACUUCAGAACAGAUUCUUGUAGUAGACUGUGCACAAGAAAUUGUCACAAAGUCUGCAGAAGUAGCUACUGGAGAUCAGCUUGAAUCUUCCCAAGAACUUUCACCAUCAUCAGAACAAAGAAAGCUCCUAAGUUCAUUGCAGUAUAACAAAAAUCUACUUAAAUACUUAAAUGAUGAUAGACAGAAACAUCCAUCAUUUUGUGAUUUACUCAUAAUUGUAGAAGGAAAAGAAUUUAGUGCCCACAAAGUUGUAGUUGCUGUUGGGAGUAGUUAUUUUCAUGCCUGUUUGAGCAAAAAUCCAAGCACCGAUGUAGUCACUUUAGAUCAUGUAACUCAUUCUGUCUUUCAGCAUUUGCUUGAGUUUCUCUACACCUCUGAGUUUUUGGUGUAUAAAAAUGAAAUUCCAUUAGUGCUGGAAGCAGCAAAAUUUUUAGAUAUCAUAGAUGCAGUGAAGUUACUAAAUAAUGAAAGUCUUUCUAACGUACAGACUGAUGUAACUGAUGCACCUACACCAGUAGAAACACUCAGUGAACUGACUGGUAAACUAUUAAAUAGUCAUCAGUGCACUUUUUGUGGUCGAAGUUUCUGUUACAAGAAGUCCUUAGAAAACCAUUUAGCUAAAGCCCACAGAUCCCUUUCACUGGAAAGAAAACAUGGGUUAAAAAUGGUUGAGAAGGCCAACUUUUCCACUAGACGUUCUACGAGAAACCGUAAAUGUCCAGCUAAAUUUGAUAACAGUGACAAUGAAAGUGGUGAUGCCUCUGACAGCAAUUUGGAAAAAAUCAGUUCUGACAAGGAAACAUCUGAUAGAAGUGAAUUUGAAGACAGUGAAAGUGAAUGCAAUGCUGAUGAGGAGGGACAGGAAGAGGAAAUGUCGGGUGAAGAUUCAGAGUCUGAAGAACAAAGUGAAAAAGAACAGAAUGAUACUGAAGAGGGUUCUGAGGCAGUUGAUUCCGUGGGAAAUAUUCCUGAAGGCUUAGCUCCAGUCAUCAUUCAAAGCAGUAGCAAAAAACUACUGCAGUGUCCCAAGUGUGACAAAAAAUUUGAUCGAAUAGGCAAAUAUGAGAGCCAUACACGUGUACACACGGGUGAGAAGCCUUUUGAGUGUGAUAUAUGUCACCAGCGCUAUUCAACAAAGUCCAACUUGACAGUGCACAGAAAGAAACACUCCAGUGAUACUGACUUUCAUAAAAAGGAACACAAAUGUCCCUAUUGCAACAAGCUGCAUGCAAGCAAAAAGACUUUAGCGAAGCAUGUGAAGAGGUUUCAUCCAGAGAAUGUACAAGAAUUUCUUUCUAUCAAGAAGACAAAGAGUGAAGGUUGGAAAUGUGAUAUUUGUAAGAAGUCUUUUACUCGAAGACCUCAUUUAGAAGAGCAUAUGAUCCUUCACUCUCAGGAUAAACCCUUUAAGUGUACCUACUGUGAAGAGCACUUUAAAUCCCGCUUUGCAAGACUGAAACAUCAAGAAAAAUUCCAUCUCGGGCCUUUUCCUUGUGAUAUUUGUGGCCGCCAGUUUAAUGAUACAGGAAAUCUGAAACGCCAUAUAGAAUGUACUCAUGGAGGAAAGAGAAAAUGGACAUGUUUCAUCUGUGGGAAAUCCGUGAGGGAACGAACAACUUUAAAAGAACAUCUGAGAAUUCACAGUGGAGAGAAGCCUCAUCUUUGCAGUAUUUGUGGGCAGAGUUUUCGUCAUGGAAGCUCUUACAGACUUCAUCUAAGAGUCCACCAUGAUGACAAGAGAUAUGAAUGUGAAGAAUGUGGGAAAACAUUUAUUCGGCAUGACCAUCUGACAAAACACAAAAAAAUACACUCAGGUGAAAAGGCACAUCAGUGUGAGGAGUGUGGAAAAUGUUUUGGCCGUAGAGAUCACCUUACUGUUCAUUAUAAAAGUGUUCAUCUGGGAGAAAAAGUUUGGCAGAAAUAUAAAGCAACAUUUCACCAGUGUGAAGUCUGUAAGAAAGUUUUUAAAGGGAAAUCAAGUUUGGAAAUGCAUUUUAGGACACAUUCAGGCGAGAAACCGUACAAAUGUCAAAUCUGUAAUCAGUCCUUUAGAAUUAAGAAGACAUUAACAAAGCACAUGGUUAUUCAUUCAGAUGCUCGCCCUUUUAAUUGUCAACACUGCAAUGCAACAUUUAAACGAAAAGACAAGCUGAAAUAUCAUAUUGAUCAUGUUCAUGGAUCAAAGGCUGCAGAAGAGGCAUUAACAUCUUCAGAGGAAAAGCUAGUCUCUUUACCAGUGCAGUACACCUCUGAUGACAAAGUUUACCAAACUGAGGCUAAACAGUAUGUGGAACAGUCCAAAGCAUAUCAAUCAGAAGCCAAAACUUUGCUACAGAAUGUAUCUACAGAAGUAUGUGUGCCUGUGACUCUGGUACCUGUUCAGAUGUCUGAUCCACAAGCUGAUCUAGUACAGCAUACUACUCAGUCACACGGCAUUCUUCCUCCACAACCUGAGCAGACAGAUUAUCAACGAGCAACAGAUCUAUCAUUUCUAGAGAAAUAUACUCUUACUCCACAACCUGCAAAUAUUGUUCAUCCUGUAAGGCCUGAGCAAAUGUUGGAUCCCAGAGACCAGUCAUAUCUUGGAACUUUACUGGGGCUCGAUACAGCUCCUACCGUACAGAAUAUUUCAAACAAUGAACACUCAUGAUCAGACCAUAACAUUCCACCUAAUUUACUAAGCCAUUAGCCUACAGAAGGCUGAUAUGGCAAUUAAGAUUUAUAUUUUAUAUUUUAUUUGGACUCAUGAGUCUUCUGCAUAGUUUUGGAAAAACAGGUUUGUUUACAUAAUAUUUGAACAUUUAGGCACA